GCGUGCCCGAGCAAGUUCGAAUUCGAAAGAGUAAUAUUACGUUUCCACCAAAAGCAAACACCGUGUUUGCAGGAGUUGUGUUUGGGAGAACUGUCAACUGUUUCCACCGAAAGUUUGGGAGAAACUGUGUUUGAACUGUCUUUUGUUGACAUUGUGAAAUAAGAAUUAUAAAAAUUGAUAAAAUUAUAAAAUGGUGCAUAAAAUUCAAUUUGUUAUGUUGAUUUUAUCAUUUUAUUUUAAAAUAAUUGAUAGUGAGUUGGUCACAUAUUAUUUAAAAAAAAGGUUAAGGGAAAAUAAAAUAAUUUUAAGCGUUGCUGCCAAUUUAAUGCGUUCGCAAAGUGUAUGGUCUUUGGAACAUUCCAGUACCUUUUGGGAAGUAGACUGCCAGAGUAAUGGGGACAAGUUUUUCAAAAAUAAUUUCCGAAUGGAAAGAUCCUGCUUUGAAAAAUUGUGCAGCAAACUUGAAAAAAUAGCCAAAAGAAAAACGAACUAUCGAAACCCGAUUUCACUAAAAAAGCGCGUGGCAAUUGAUCUGUAUGCACUAGGAUCUUCUAGUGAAUACAGAUCAAUUGGACAUUUGUUUGGAGUAGGCAAAGCAACUGUUUGCAAAAUACUCAUCGAGUUUUGCAAUGAAGUUGGGACAUCUUUGGCUCCAAUAUAUUUGAAAAAUUUUCCACUGACAAGGGCGCAAAUUGAGAAUGGAGUCGCAGAUUUUAAUGCAAUGGGCUAUCCACAAUGUAUUGGAGCAAUAGAUGGAUGUCAUAUUGAAAUUCAUCCAAGAAAGGAAGAAGCCAUUGAUUACUACAACUACAAAGGGUGGUAUUUCGUAGUACUAUUGGCUUUGGUAGACGCAAAAUAUAGAUUUGUUUAUAUAUAUUGCGGCAGUCCUGGAAGAUGCAACGACUCCGGAAUUUUUGAAAAAUCAUCGCUAAAGCGCGAGUUGCAAAGUUGUGCACUUCUUGAUGAAUUGAGCUUGCUGUAUGGAUCCACAAAAAUACCAGUCCAUAUUAUAGGGGACUCUGCUUUUCGUCUCUCUCAGCAUUUAAUGAAGCCAUAUCCUACAAAGAGUCCAAUUGGUUUAAAUCUGAAAAACAACUUUUCACCAGAACAAUAA